UUAUGGCGGCCGGACCAAUUGCCGAACGGAAUCAAGAUGCGACGAUUUAUGUUGGAGGCCUCGAUGAUAAAGUCACCGAGUCCCUCAUGUGGGAAUUGUUCGUCCAAUCAGGACCAGUGGUGAAUGUCCACAUGCCCAAGGACCGAGUCACCCAGAUGCACCAGGGGUAUGGAUUCGUAGAGUUUAUGGGUGAAGAGGACGCUGACUACGCCAUAAAAAUCAUGAACAUGAUCAAACUGUACGGGAAGCCAAUCAGAGUGAAUAAAGCCAGUGCUCACCAGAAGAAUCUGGAUGUCGGCGCUAAUAUUUUUAUCGGUAAUCUGGACCCUGAGGUGGACGAGAAGCUGUUAUACGACACAUUCAGUGCUUUUGGAGUGAUUCUGCAAACACCCAAGAUAAUGCGAGACCCAGAGACCGGAAACUCGAAAGGCUUUGCCUUCAUUAAUUUCGCCUCAUUCGACGCCUCGGACGCCUCCAUCGAGGCAAUGAAUGGUCAGUACCUGUGCAACCGUCCAAUAUCAGUGUCGUACGCGUUUAAGCGUGAUGCCAAAGGUGAACGUCACGGCAGUGCAGCUGAGCGUCUCCUGGCAGCGCAGAAUCCGUUGAGCCAGGCAGACAGGCCCCACCAGCUGUUUGCAGAUGCUCCCCCCAUGAGUAUGCCAGCUCCGGGUAUUCCCCAGCCCCAGCAUCAUCAUCCACCUCACCAGAUGAUGCAUCAUGGUAUGGUGGUACCACCACCUCCACCACCAGCAACUCCAAUGCCCAUGGGACAUCCGCCACCACCACCUGUACCACCUCCACCAUCUGGAUUCAAUCCCUCGAAUAUUCCACCACCACCCCUGCCACCCAUGUCCAUGUCACAUCCACCACUGCCACCUGGAAUGCCGCCACCACUGCCACCAAUGCCAAUACCAUCGUCACAGGCACAGGGACAUCGAAUGAUGGCACCACCUGGUGCUCACUGGCCACCACCUGGACAAUUUCCACCACCUCCACCACCAUCUGGACCACCGGGACAAUUUGGGUAUCAGCCUGCUCCACCACCACCCAGACCUCCACCAAACUGGAGACAUCCGAUGCCACCUGUAUCACAGGGCAGUGGAGCACCACCUCCUCCACCUCAAUUCAGACCUCCCUUCCCUAGAGGACCACCACCACCUCCACCACCACAUGAUAAUGGGGGAUAUUGAAAUUAUUAAUUGAUCGUCGAGAAAUCCCAGAGAGAGAAAGAGACCAAAACAAUUCAUCUUGAGUCUUUCGAAAAUAUCUACGAAACUCUGAGGGAUAACAUUAUUUUUGCCAGAUUCUUUUUUGUAAAGAAAAUCCAGGAAUAUGCAAGUGGUAAUUACGGAAAUAUUCGUAUCUUUCAAAAUGUCGGAGAUAUUUCCGAAAAACCCAGGGAAGAAUGGAAAGUUGGGUUCAUGUAUUUCAUUUUAUCAAUCCAUUACAGAAAUUAUUUUUGCGGGAUUUUCUCAGUGUAUUUUGUGUUACGGUGUGUUUAAAGCAAAUGUGAAUUUUCAAUAAAAUGGAUUUUGUAUUUA